AUGGCUAAAUUAUCGAUAGGCUCACAGCACUAUAAUGCCAAAAGCAGACGUUCCAGCAUGAUAAACAGUACAAGCUCACAAGGCACCCAAAAUAGCGUGGUGAACUCAUCACAGACUGUGCCGCUGGAGCCCGAGUCCAAGCAAUCCAGAGAUAUCGACAGUUACAUGGUCCAAAACAAGUUGCUUGCUAUCAAAAACGCGGAGUUGACGCAGAGGAUUGCUGAUUUGGAGUCUAAAAUUGCUCAACUUGUCACAGAGAAUGUAGCGCUUCAGAAUAGCAGCGAAAGCGAAUCAAAGUUUAGAAUACAGAAUACCUUGGAGAUCGUAGAGUCCGUGAUGGCUGAUCGGUUUACAGGGAUUUUACAAGAGAUUGAGAGCAUCCGAAGGCAAGAGAAGUUACCACUGUCCACUCUACUCAGUACAUUGCAGACGGCGUUGGCAUCUUGUGGUCCUAUGAGUUCUACGCCUCGCGCUGAUGGAGAAGACAACCACUUGGGGAUCCAGGCAUGGGGAAAUUAUCCGCUAGAUGACGACAACGACCAAGGUAGUGAGAAUAGUAAGGAGCGGUCGGUUUCGGUGGCCAGCCUGGCGGAUUUGGCUAUGUUGGAGGAUCUGGGGAAGAGUUCACUGCCUGAAACAACCCAGAAUUUGGUAGGAAAGCUGCUUUUACCCGAGUUGAGCACCAAAGUCUCCGUAUAUUUUGAUAAGAAUGGGGUGGCUGGCCAAUCGACGCCGUUGUUGCCAAUCGAGGAAAACGAUACACCGAGAAAGAGAACGAGGUCUGUUACUAAAACAGAAACUGAUAAGCAGGUUGAUGCAAAUGGGUUUCAGGAUAUCAAGAGAGAAUCAAGACCACGUAAGAGAAAGCCACUCUCAAAUGUCACGAACAGAAGGAGAUCGGUUCUACGUCGAAAAGCAAAGGAAGUUGAGGAGGUGGAUUCAAAUAUUUUUGAUUUUGUUGACCAGCAUGAAUUGGAGAAUCAGGCCAAAAGCCACUAG